GUUCGACACCGACCACGACGACGACGACUACUGCACGCGUCCAUCGAUAGCAUUGCCACCAUGGAGGGCAUACUCGACUUCUCCAAAGAGUUCGAUGUCUCGCUCAUGGACCGAGUGGUCAUGGCCUUCUACUCCAGUACUGGUCAGGAGCAACAAAUGGCGCAGCAAGUCCUGACGCAAUUUCAAGACAACCCCGAAGCCUGGACAAGAGUACCCGAUGUCCUGGAGCGCUCGUCUUUCCCGCAAACGAAGUACAUUGGCUUGCAGAUCCUCGAGAAGUUGAUCACCACGAGGUGGAAGUCCUUGCCCGAGGGUCAGCGGCAAGGGAUCCGCAAUUUCGUCGUUGGAAUCACUGUGAAGGUCGCGUCCGAUGAGGCAAUGAUGCGGAGGGAAAAGACAUAUCUCAACAAGUUGAACUUGGCUCUCGUUCAGAUCUUGAAGCAAGAAUGGCCACACAACUGGCCAACAUUCAUCCCCGAACUGGUCGAGUCCUCCAAGACCAACUUGUCGCUGUGCGAGAACAACAUGGUCAUCCUGAAGCUGCUUUCGGAGGAGAUCUUCGACUACUCGGCAGAGCAGAUGACGCAAGCGAAGGUCAAAAACUUGAAGAACCAGAUGUGCGGAGAGUUCUCGGAAAUCUUCAAGCUCUGUUCAGAGAUUCUCGAGGAGGCACAGAAGACUUCCCUCAUCCGGGCAACACUCGAGACACUUCUGAGGUUCCUUAAUUGGAUACCUCUUGGCUACAUCUUCGAGACGACCAUCAUUGACCUUCUGCUCAACCGCUUCUUGGAAGCACCAGACUUCCGGAAUGUUACCCUCAAGUGCCUAGCAGAGAUUGCUGCGCUUAACGUCGGCCCAGAAUACGACCCCAAGUUCGUUAUUCUCUUCGCCAUGGUCAUGACUUCCGUCAACCGCAUGAUCCCCCCGAGCACGAACAUCGCGCAGGCAUACGCGAACGCGGGUGAUGCUGGUCAAGAGCUGGUCCUCAAUCUUGCCCUCUUCCUCUCCAACUUCCUUUCACAACAUCUUCGCGCCGUGGAGACCGAAACCAACCGCGACGUCCUUCUGAACGCCCACCUCUACAUGGUGAAGAUCUCGCAAGUGGACGAGCGCGAGAUAUUCAAAAUCUGCUUGGAGUACUGGCUCAAGCUGGUUGCGGAGCUGUACGAGGAGAUUCAGAGUCAACCUAUGGGCGAGAGCGGGCUGCUCAUGAACUUGAGUCUCGGGGGCUCGGGCUCGGGCAUGCUUAGCGGUGUGUCCCUACGCAAGAACAUUUAUAGCGAUGUUCUUUCCAACUUGCGUUUGGUGGUGAUCGAGAAGAUGGUCAAGCCCGAAGAGGUCCUCAUUGUCGAGAAUGAGGAGGGCGAGAUCGUCCGUGAGUUCAUGAAGGAGAGCGAUACCAUCGUGCUGUACAAGUCGAUGCGUGAGCUCCUCGUGUACCUCACUCACCUGGACGUCAACGACACCGAGAACAUUCUUACCGAGAAGCUGCAGAAGCAGGUCGACGGCUCCGAGUGGUCGUGGCAGAACCUCAACACGCUGUGCUGGGCAAUCGGUUCUAUCUCGGGAGCGAUGAACGAGGAGCAAGAGAAGCGCUUCCUGGUCACCGUCAUCAAGGACCUUCUGGGCCUGUGCGAGAUCAAGCGCGGGAAGGACAACAAGGCCGUCGUCGCGUCCGAUAUUAUGUACAUCGUCGGACAGUACCCGCGCUUCCUGAAGGCGCAUUGGAAGUUCUUGAAGACGGUCGUCAACAAGCUCUUCGAAUUCAUGCACGAGACGCACGAAGGUGUCCAGGAUAUGGCGUGUGACACGUUCAUCAAGAUCGCGCAGAAGUGCAGGCGGCAUUUCGUCAUGCAACAAUCGGGGGAGUCGGAACCCUUUGUGGAUGAAAUUCUGCGCAUGUUGCACCGUAUCACAGUCGACCUAUCUCCUCAGCAGGUCCAUACAUUCUACGAGGCGGUUGGCUACAUGAUCUCCGCACAACCCAACAAGCCUCAGCAAGAGAAGCUUAUUUCAAAACUCAUGGAACUGCCCAACAACGCCUGGGAUUCCCUUAUGGCGCAAGCCGCUCAGAAUGUGGACGUCCUGAGUAGCAUGGACAACAUCAAGAUCCUUGCAAAUGUCCUGAAGACGAACGUUGCGGCAUGCACGUCGAUAGGAACAUUCUACCUCCCGCAGAUUGGCCGGAUAUUCCUGGACAUGCUCGGCUUGUACAAGGCCGUCAGCGGCAUCAUCAGCGAGACGGUCGUACGUGAAGGCAACAUUGCGACGAAGACGCCGAAAGUCCGACAGCUGCGCACAAUAAAAAAGGAGAUUCUCAAGCUGAUGGAGACGUUCGUCAAGAAGUCGGAGGAUCUCGAGACGGUGAACGGCAACUUCAUGCCGCCGCUGCUCGACGCCAUCCUCGGGGACUACAGCCGCAACGUGCCUGCCGCGCGCGACGCUGAGGUGCUCAACGUCAUGGCCACGAUCAUCGGCCGUCUCGGGGCGCUGCUCACCCCUCAAAUCCCUGCGAUCUUGGAAGCCGUAUUCGAGCCGACGCUCAACAUGAUCAACCAAGAUUUCGCCGAAUUCCCCGAGCACCGGGUGGGCUUCUUCAAGCUCCUGCGCGCGAUCAACCUGAACUGCUUCCCGGCGCUGUUGACGAUCCCGCCGCCUCAGUUCAAGCUGUUCAUGGACAGCAUCAUCUGGGCGAUCAAGCACACGAUGCGUGAUAUCGCCGAGACGGGUUUGAACCUGUGCUUGGAGGUGGUCAACAACUUCGCCAGCGCGGAUCCCUCGGUGUCCAAUGUGUUCUUCCAGCAGUACUUCUUGAGCAUCAUCCAGGACAUCUUCUACGUCCUGACGGACACAGAUCACAAGAGCGGCUUCAAGCUGCAGUCGCUGCUGCUUGCGCGGAUGUUCCAGCUCAUCGAGACGAACCAGAUCACGGUGCCGCUCUUCGACCCCGCCACCGUACCGGAUCCCAAUAUCGGCAACUCGGUCUUCCUGCGCGAGUACACCGCGAACCUCCUCAAGUCCGCGUUCCCACACGUGCAGAACUCGCAGAUCCAGACGUUCGUGGUGUGCCUGGGCGAGUUCCACAGCGACAUCAACCGCUUCAAGCUCGCGCUGCGCGACUUCCUCGUGCAGCUCAAGGAGUUCUCGGGCGACAACGCGGACCUGUACCUCGAGGAGAAGGAGGCGGAGGCGCAGCAGAAGGCGGAGGCGGAGCGCGAGGCGGCGAUGCGCAUCCCGGGCAUGCUCAAGCCGUCGCAGCUCGAGGACAAGGACGAGGACAUCUGAGGGACGCACGCACACGCACGGACCGCGCCGCCGCAUGACUUAUGGCUCACUGUAUGAUAGACUUUUCUUCCAUUCCCCCCGCCCCGCCUCCCCUUCUUCCCGCGUUCCGCACACAUGCUUGCCCGCUGCCGCUCCGUUUCGGUUUCCCCUCCCAUUUUUUGUUGCGCGCUGCCGCCGCCCGGUGUUUCCGCCCGUUUUGUCCGCCGCCCCUGUACCCUUGCUAUCGCGAUCUCGCUGUUCACUGCAUCUACAACACAUGUAACAAUAGCUUACGACAGAGGAAUACGAGAAAGUAA